AUGGAAUUGAAAGUUGCACUUAAAGGCUUUAUCGGCGGAAAGAAAGCUUCAAAAAUCGAAGAGAGUGAUAUUAAAAAGCUUAUAAAUGAGAUAAAGCUUGUUCGUAUGGUUGAUUUUUACCAAAAUGGCAAGAGUUUUUCUAGGAAUAGCAAAAGCCGCGGAUUUUUAAGCGAUCAACGUACUAAAAUUUCCGUUGACAUCGCACCCCUGACGGCUUCUCAGUUCUUUGGAUAUGGAUUCUACUAUCCCGGGCAUGGAUUGGUGGAUGGUUUCCCUUUGGACUUUUAUUGGAUAGGCGGUUGGCCAUGGCUUGGUCACGACUUCGUCUUGGUUUUACAUGUUUCUGUAAAAGUUAUUAUGUCUCGACAAUUUCUGAUGCAUUUCUUGAAUAUAUCAAAUGUUCAAAUUAUUGUUGAUUUUUCCGCUUUUCUGAUCCGAUUAUAUUAUUCACAUAUGAUUAUUGAAGAAAAUUAAAGAUAUUAUCACUGAUAAAAAAAAUUUUUUCUUAGGCGUUAGUCUUAC